AUGGCAUCUUUCACUGACGAAGCCGACUACGAUGCCGGCGAAACGUUUGGUAAUGAUCCAAGUCAAUGGGCCAAUGCUCGGGAGUUUACCGCAUCAAAUGCGGUAACUGUGAGCAGAAAUAUAUAG